GCUGUAUUUUUUACGUUAGCUUAAAUCGCCGCAAUGGCGGAGGUGAAUGGGUCUGCGGCUGUGGGAGCUGGCCUCGAUGUAAACACAGUUGGAAACCCGACUGAAAUAGCAAUGGCUUAUCUGCAGGACGAGAAAACUGAUGCAGACGUGGCAAACUUAAACUUAGGAGAGCUGGACCUCACCACAGAUGAGUUUAUCUUGGAUGAAGUUGACAUUCACAUUCAGGCCAAUCUGGAGGAUGAUCUGGUGAAGGAGGCACUGAAAACGGGUGUGGACCUCCGUCAAUACUCCAAACAGGUGGAGGCAGAGCUGCAGAGGAUCGAACAGGCCUCCAUCAAAGACUAUAUUAAAGAAAGUCAAAACAUUGCUCUUCUGCACAACCAGAUCACAGCCUGUGACUCCAUACUGGAGCGUAUGGAGGGCAUGCUGAGCGGCUUCCAGAGCGACCUGUCGUCCAUCAGCAGUGAGAUCCAGACUCUGCAGCAGCAGUCAGUCAGUAUGAACGUCCGGCUGAAGAACAGGCAGGCGGUCCGCAGUCAGCUGAGUCAGCUGGUGGAUGAGCUGGUGGUGCCCGGCGCCAUGAUCUCAACCAUCCUGGACAGUCCAGUGACGGAGCAGGAGUUCCUGGAGCAGCUGCACGAACUCAACAACAAGAUCAACUUCGCCAAAGAGCUGAGCUUCAGGGAAACACUGGCCUGCUCCGACAUCCAGGACAUCGUGGACCGCCUCAAACUCAAGGCUGUGUCAAAGAUCAGAGAGUUUAUUCUGCAGAAGAUCUACUCAUUCAGGAAGCCCAUGACCAACUACCAGAUCCCACAGAACACGCUGCUGAAAUACAGAUUCUUCUAUCAGUUCCUUUUGGCCAAUGAGAGAACAGUCGCCAAGGAGAUCAGAGACGAGUACGUGGACACCAUGAGUAAGAUUUACUACAGUUACUUCAAGUCCUACAGCGGUCGGCUGCUCAAAGUGCAGUACGAGGAGGUGGCGGACAAAGACGACCUGAUGGGAGUGGAAGACACGGCAAAGAAAGGUUUCUUCUCCAAACCGUCUCUGAAAAGCAGGAACACCAUCUUCACUCUGGGCCAGCGGGGGGCGAUACUGAGCCCCGCAGAGCUGGAGGGUCCCAUCCUGGUCCCUCAUACGGCUCAGAGAGGAGACAGCAGGUAUCCGUAUGAGACGCUGUUUCGCAGUCAGCACUACGCUCUGUUGGACAACGGCUGCAGGGAGUUCCUCUUCCUGUCCGACUUCUUCAUGGUCGCCGGAAACUCCGCCCUCGACCUCUUCAACAGCAUCAUGGGAAAAACGCUCAGCAUGUUUCUGAAGAGCAUGUCCACGUAUGUGUCCGACUGUUACGACAGCAUCGCCGUCUUCCUGUGCAUCCACAUCAUCCUGCGCUUCAGAGCCAUCACAGCCAAGAGGAACAUCCCAGCGCUCGACAAGUACUGGGAGGCCGUGUUGGAGCUGCUGUGGCCCCGGUUCGAGCUCAUCCUGGAGAUGAACAUCCACAGCAUCCGGAACACAGACCCUCAGAAACUGGGAGUCCUGGACACCAGACCACACUAUAUCACUCGUCGAUACGCUGAGUUCUCGUCGGCCAUCGUCAGCAUCAACCAGACGUUUCCUAACGAGAGGACCAACGCUCUGCUGGGGCAGCUGCAGGUGGAGGUGGAAAACUUCGUGCUGAAGAUGGCGGCGGAGUUCCCGUCCAGGAGAGACCAGCUCAUCUUCCUCAUCAACAACUACGACAUGAUGCUCAGCGUCCUCAUGGAGAGGGCAGCAGACGACAGUAAAGAGGUGGAAGGUUUCCAACAGCUGCUUCUGGCCAGGACACAGGAGUUCAUCGAGGAGAUCCUGUCUCCUCCGUUCGGGGGGAUGAUAGCGUUUGUGAAGGAGGCCGAGGCUCUGAUGGAGAAAGGGCAGCUGGACCGACUGAAGAACGAGGAGGCUCGGAUCACUCAGCUGGUUCGUGGUUUUUCCGGAACAUGGAAGCAGUCGGUGGAGUCGAUGAGUCAGGACGUCAUGAGGUCUUUCACCAACUUUAAGAACGGGACCAGCAUCAUCCAGGGCGCUCUGACCCAGCUCAUCCAGUACUACCACGGCUUCCACAAGGUCCUGAACCAGCCCACGUUCCGCAGCCUGGCCGUCCGCUCCGAACUCAUCAACCUGCAUCACCUCAUGGUGGAGGUGAAGAAACACAAACCCAACUUCUAACCUGCCCACGUCCACCUGGAGCCAACCUGAGGAGCCGCACAAAACACCAGGUGAACCAGAAACACCAGAAACUGAAUCACAAACAUAAACUGUUCAACAUCAGAGUCCGUCUGAAAAAACACACGUUUGGGUCUGGAUCAGAGAUGGGAGUCUGGAUCUGUCUGAAUCUGACACAUCGGAUCCGUCCCAUGUUCCCGUGUUCAUGUUCUUUUGAUUUCCUUUUUGCAAAACUGAAAGGGCCACACUAAUAAAAGAGUAAAAACAAAGAGAGUCAAACCACACUUUACACUGAGCCUGUGCAUGAAUUAUAAUGUAAACAGUAGAAUCUGAUUAUAAGAAACCAGAUCAAAUCAUGAAAUAUUUUGUUUAAAACAUCCCUUUUCCCCUGUUUUGAUAUAGUACUCUUUGAAUUUACUCUGAGCUUUAAUGAAAAUAUACAUAAUCAGUGAAUAAAAUAUAGGAAAAUACAUGAUUAAUAGUGAAAAAUACAAAAUGCAGAGGAUGGUAUUAAAAUAAAUGGUGAUAAAUUAAUCAGAAAAAGGCUAGAUGUAGAGAAAAUGUAAUGUUGAAGUCCCUACAAAAGUAAUUUAAACAAAUGAUGAAAUAAUCCUGGGUAUUAUCCAGUUCAGACACCGUUUCAAUAAAAUGGGACUAUUUUCAGCGGUGGAUGAAUCCACAUUUCAGGCCGUAGUGAGAAACAGCUGCUUUUACAUGUGAGUUUGUUCUGUUUAUUUGAAAAAAAGGUGGAAAAACAGAAGGAGUUGUUGUAAAUAUCAGUUAUUCAUGCUACAGUCACAAGAAAACUGAAAGUAUUCACAUUUAAGAUGCAGGAAUCAGAAAGUGAAGAGUUUUUUUUUUUUCUAUAAACAGACUCGAGGAUUAAUCGAUGAAGAAAAUGUGCGGACGGUUAAAGUUCGCAGCUCGAGUUGUGACGUCGCUUUGUGCCUUGUUCAGUUUCAGUGUGUUUUAUUUAUGAGAAUCCUUGUGUAAAUGUAAGUUUAACAAUAAAUGACAACACAAUGACGAUA